UCUGUUCCGGCAGCUCCCUCUCUCCCUCCCUCCGCUGCUGCUGUUUCUACCGGACCGGACCCGCUGUCAGACCACAGCAGACCGCUGCUCUCGCUCUCUCUUCGGGGCCGAAAGUACCGACACGACCCGAGGAACAACCGCGGUGUCUCCCCGUGGCUUUUCGUGGUGAAACGGGCGGCUGGACAUCAGGCCUCUCUCCGACGCUGUGAUCCAUGAGGACUCGGCUCGCCGUAAUAAUCCGCUGAAGAGCAUUAGCGUGCUAAGUUUAGCGUACCGAGUCGGGGGGUUGGGGUGCCAGCGAGAUGCAGAUACCCGAGCCCUACAACCAGAAGAACUCGCUGUUCAACACCAUGAGCCGCUUCAUCGGCGCCGUCAACAACAUGGACCAGACGGUGAUGGUGCCCAGCCUGCUGCGAGACGUCGAGGACGUGAAGACGGCGACGGAGAGCGCCGCUAACGACGGUAGCGGCGGCGGCGGCGAUGCGUUCUACGUACAAGACGGCGACAUGUACAGCUCGUACGUGCUGUUGAAGUCCAUCCGCAACAACAUCGAGUGGGGCGUCCUGCAGGGAGAAGAAGGGCGGAAAGAGAUGGUGGGCGUGGUGGGAGGAGGAGGAGGAGAAGAAGAGGAGGAGGAGGAGGAGGAAGAGGAGGACAAUGACCUGGAGAAACAGUUUCAUUUCCACCUGAGGGGACUCCACGCUGUGCUGUCCAAGCUGACGUGUAAGGCCAACACGCUCACCAGCCGCUACAAGGAGGAGAUCGGCUGCAGGAACUGAUAGGAGCCGAUAAUCUGAUAGGGCUGUCCUCGAUUUAAAGAUCUCCUUAGUCCACGAACACUUCUAGGAUUUAGUCGACUGAUCGAUUAGUUGAUUUAAUCGACAGAGCUGUGAGCUUUGAGAGGUGGUUAAGACUAGAAAAGCACAAC